AUGUGCAUUGAUGAGGACGUGCAGCCAGCGCUGUCCGCGGCCCCAUGCGAAAUCAUUCCACUGGCAAUCCCAAGGGUCUCUAGCCUUGUUGUGGAUGCCAUUUACUACGGGCAGCAGCGCCUGUGGAAGCGCCAGAUUGAUGAUGUUCAGUUCCAACUGGCCCAGCAGGACUCGAUGGACGAAAACGAGAGCAGCCUUAUGAGGCACGCCAUUGCCAAGGACAAAAAUGCUUCGGACGUUAUAAAGGGAGUGUACGAGGGCGGACUGAAGACCUGGGAAUGUAGCAUUGAUCUGCUCUCCUUCCUUGUCGAGCACCAGAACGAGUCUCACAUGGUGCUGAAUGGCGCGCGUGUGCUGGAAAUUGGAUGUGGCACUGGUCUUCCCUCGCUGCAUAUUCUAAAGACGGCUCCUGGCGCGCACGUGUGCAUGCAGGACUACAACAGGGACGUUUUGGAGCUAGUGACAAUGCCUAAUGUGCUUGUCAACACCGUGCUCAGCCCUGCGGGCGGCAGCAUGGGCGAUGAAAUACACGCUGAUGAUGACACUGAGACAUGCGAGAUUGAUAUUGACUUCCGCCGAACCCAGUUUGUCGCUGGCGACUGGUCCAACAUUGAAGAGGAGCUGCGCCGGCAGGGCCGCGAGCACUCGUUCGAUCUGGUUCUGACAAGCGAGACUAUCUACGACACCGAUAGCUACAAGAGGUUGCACGAUCUUCUGGUGUGUGUGUUGGCUCAGCCCGACGUGAAUGCGCAAGCCGAGGGACAGCGAGUGCCAAUGGUGCUUGUGGCGGCAAAAUCGAUUUACUUUGGGCUUUCGGGAUCGAUACUCUCGUUCAGCCAGUAUGUCAGAACCCGUGGUGUGUUUGAUUCGGAGUGUGUAUGGCAGAGCGCGGCAGCAUGA